AUGCUUACUACGCCCGCUGCUCAGACGCCCAUAAGUCAUUCGACUAUGCCCAAAUCAACUCGCAAAUCAGCCAAGGUGUUUCACGCGAUACCGGAACAGAACCACCCGCGCUGCAUGUACUGCCAUGCGGCUUCCAAGAUUUAUUCUUGUGAAAAAUUUCGCAGUUUAGAUUCAACCGCAAAAUCUAAAUUUAUAAAAGAAGCGAAAGCUUGUCUAAAUUGCUUGAGUCCUGGGCAUUACAAAGAGCGUUGUAAUAGCACAUCCGCGUGCCGAAUAUGUCACCAACGCCAUCAUACGCUGCUUCACAGUAUCGCAGGCCUAUCCGCUAGCACCGUAUCCACUCACGCUGUCGAGUCUUCUCACACCGCUCCGAAUAGCAUCGCCGCCUCUUCUGCUAACCAACCGACGAACACCGCUGCUGCAUGCAUUUCAUCCUGUUUGAGUUCUGGUUCUAACCCGCUACCCUCAACGCAAAGAAUAGUGUUAUUAUCCACCGCUUUAGUAAGAGUUCGUGAUUGUGCCGGUCAGUGGCAAACUGCUCGGCUAUUGUUUGAUUCUGGAUCUCACGCCUCCUUCGUGACAGAGGCAUGCGUGCAGCGCUUAGGCCUACCUCGCAAAUCGUCGUCGGUAUUCGUCACUGGAAUCGGUACAUCGCAAGGAGGUCGCUGUAGAGGUGAGACGCUACUACCGCUUUCAUCCUAUAGUUCGGAUGAAUGCUACGCCAUCAAUGCAUUGAUUCUUCCGAAAAUCACUGGUGACUUGCCAACGCAGACCUUAAAUGUUCCAGAAUGGCCGCAUAUUCAUGGGCUAUUCCUAGCGGACCCGCAUUUUAUGAAGCCUGGCCGCAUAGAUAUACUGGUUGGCAUGGACGCGAUGGAUCAACUUAUCUGCAUCGAUCUUCGGAAGGGUCCCGUUGGCACGCCUAUGGCACAGAGAACCGUUUUCGGGUGGACUUUGUUCGGAAGUGUCGAUAGUUCUGCUUCACCCCAGCUGCAUUUACCGUCACUGCAUUGCGACGUUCAACUGGAUCGAGCGCUUACUAGGUUGUGGGAGUUGGAAGAGUCUCCCCGAAAGCCGCAUUUUACGCACGAGGAGCGCUUCUGCGAAGAUCACUUCGUUUCUACGCAUCAACGAAUGCCAGACGGUCGCUUUGUAGUGGAGUUACCGCUGAAACCAAACGUGCCAUUGGGUGAAUCGCGAAAUUUUGCUGUUCGCAAUCUGUUACGCAUCGAGCGAAGGCUGGCUCGUGACCACGACUUGCUAUUGCGUUACAACGAUUGCAUGCACGAGCUUAUUGAGAUGGGUCAUAUGGAAGCUGUAACCGAGACGGAGAAUAACGCAUAUUAUAUGCCGCAUCACCCAGUGAUCAAAGAGUCCAGCGUUACGAUGAAACUAAGGGUCGUUUUUAACGCUUCUGCUAAAACCACCACAGGGAACUCGCUCAACGACGCCCUGUUUAUUGGACCGCAAUUACAACAAGAUCUCUACUCUAUACUGAUGCGUUUCCGAACGCAUCGGUACGCAAUAACCGCAGAUGUUGCGAGGAUGUACCGCCAAGUUUGUGUAUCGUCGAAGCACGUCGAUUUGCAACGUAUCGUUUGGCGCCCUGAUCCAUCUUCGCCCAUAGUAGAUUACCGCAUGUUACGAGUAACUUAUGGGGUGGCUGCCGCGUCUCAUUUGGCUGUAAAGUCCUUGCAACAAACUGCCAAGGCUUCCUCCAACAGUUGUGAAGAAGCGGUAUCCGUGAUCCUCAAGGACUUCUACAUGGACGACUUGCUCACUGGGGCAUCUUGCAAGGCCCAACUUCAGUCACUACAACAAAAUAUCUCUGAAAUUUUAAAAGAAGGAGGCUUUGAACUGCGAAAGUGGGCGUCGAACUACCUGGAGUUGAACGAGAGUAUUUCCGGCGCUUCUAAAAGCAUAUCGCACUACGUAGUAGACGGUAAGGAUGUUCAUGCCCUUGGUCUAAUAUGGAGCAUAGAAGGAGAUCACUUCACAUUCGCAGUCAGCCUGAAACAACAACCCGCCAUUCUAACCAAGAGAGCAUUCUUAGCCGAUGCUAGCACUCUUUUUGAUCCUCUGGGUCUGCUUGCUCCUGUAACCAUAAAGUCCAAGAUGUGGUUCCAGGAUAUUUGGCGCGCCGCGGUUGGAUGGGAUGAUCUUGUACCAGACUCAAUCGCGAAAAAGUGGCUUGAUCAUCGUGUUCAGCUGCAGAUACUUUCAGAUUUGAAAGUAGAUCGUUGGAUAGGCUCUGGAACGGUUGGAUCGUUCACGGAGCUCCAUGUAUUUGCUGACGCUUCCGAACGCGCUUACGCGGCCGUUAUAUACGCGCGCACAUUGCAAAUCGACGGCAGGGUCACUGUUACUCUCGUCUCUGCAAAGACCAAGGUGGCGCCGCUCAAACCAACGACGUUGCCACGCCUAGAGCUUUGCGCUGCGCAUCUCGCUUCCAAACUGGUGCGAAGCCUUUUGCAUAGUUGGUGCCAUCCCCGCUACCCGCUGUAUGCCUGGACAGAUUCAACCAUAACAUUGGCAUGGUUACAAGCGCAUCCCAGCAGAUGGAUGACUUUCAUCGCCAACCGCGUUGCCGACAUCCAAGAAAUUCUGCCUCCUGAGUGCUGGAAUCAUGUUCGCUCGGAGUUAAAUCCUGCAGACUAUGCUUCUAGAGGUAUAUCCCCAGCCGAGCUACUGUGUCAGCAAUUAUGGUGA